AUAGUGUGUGUGAACGUUAAAGAGAACAGCAGUGGCCAUCCGCAGUACAUUUUGAUUUUAUUUUCCAUUUGCAUUAGAUUUUUUCGCUGGAGAAUUAACAUUUUUCAGGAAAAUUUGUUGUUCGUGGUAUACUUUUCUGUUUAUUGUGCAAUAUAUUAAAUGUGAUUUAUACAUUUUUAUUAAAAAAAUUUGCAACAGAAGUAAAGUAAUUCAUACAUUAAAAAUGGCAUCAUUCUUUGGAAGCCCGUUUUCCACACCAAUCGGACAAAGAAUUGAACAGGCGACCGAUGCUUCUUUAGCUUCAGAAAAUUGGGCACUUAAUAUGGAAAUAUGUGACAUGAUUAAUGAAUCAUCCGAUACUGCUCGUGAUGCUAUGAAAGCGAUAAGAAAGAGGCUCUUACAAAAUGCUGGCAAAAACAAUCAAGUUAUCAUGUACACCUUGACCGUGUUGGAAACGUGUGUAAAAAAUUGUGGCAAAGCUUUUCAUGUGCUUGUAGCUCAAAAGGAUUUUAUACAGGAGUUAGUGAAGUUAAUUGGUCCUAAGAACGAUCCUCCAGCUGUUGUCCAAGAAAAGGUGUUAAGCUUAAUACAGAUUUGGGCUGAUGCCUUUAAGAAUCAACCUGAUUUAAAUGGUGUGACGCAGAUGUAUAUGGAAUUAAAGAAUAAGGGUAUUGAGUUCCCUCAAACUGAUAUGGAAACAAUGGCACCCAUAUACACACCGCAAAGGAGCGUGCCGGAAGUACCACAGCAAAUUGUGGUCCCUCAGCAAACUAAUCCUCCUACAGCCGUUCAUAAUAAUGGUCCGUCUGCCCUAACACCUGAACAAACAACGAAAUUGCAAUCUGAACUAGAAGUUGUCGCACACUCAAUGUCCAUACUUGGUGAGAUGUUAAAUGAACUAAAGCCAGGGCAAGAAGAGGCUGAGGAUUACGCUUUGCUUAAUGAGUUAACUGCAACUUGCAAAGAAAUGCAAGCUCGAAUAGUUGAUCUUAUUGGUCGUAUAAAUGACGAUGAGCUUACCGCAGAACUUCUACGAUUCAACGAUGAAUUAAAUAACUUAUUUUUAAGACAUCAACGUUACGAAAAAAAUCGUUCUAGUAGUACUACAACUUCACCAUCAGCUAUACUCGGAGCAGCUAUUGGCGCAACUGGCGCUGCGCCUGCAGCAUCAACAACUGCUAGUGUUAAUGCGCCUCCUCAAAUUCAAAAGGAACGUCUUUUGAUUGACUUAAUGGAAAAGUCUGACAAAAUGCAAAACUCCUUUAAUCAAUUCAAUAUUUCAAAUACUUCUAAACCACAGAAUAAGGAUGCUGAUGAAUUCGAUAUAUUGGCUCAAUCCCGUACUACGGAUAGCAAUAACAAAACUGAUUUACUAAAAGACAUUCCCUCAGUUGACGCAGCUGCUGGCAGCAUAGGUUCGCCAUUUAAAAAAGCGAACGAGCAACAGGUGGUAAAUAAACCGGGCAAAGACAGAGAGAUAGAUGAAAUGGAAGCAUGGCUGGGUAAUUCAAAAGAAAUCGAGGGAAUGGAAGAGACGCUCACAAGUACAGAGUUUGACAAAUUUCUUGAGGAGAGAGCAGCUGCUGCUGAAAAUCUUCCAACCAUAACAGCUACAAAUAGUGACAGUAACAAGAAGUCCACAAAAAAACCUAACGAAGAGGAUUUACUCGCACUUUGAGCUUCAGAGAUAUUCUUUAACAUUGUUUUUGCGUAUAAGUUUAACUAAUAUUUAUCGGACGUGAUCAGCACGCAGAAAUAUUUAACAACAUUUUUACACAUUUAAUAUUUUUUAAAAAUGUUAACAUAAUGUAUAUUCAAAAAUAUAUAUGAGUAGCAUUAACCCCUAGCAUAACGUAUAAUUUAAAUUAAAAUAAC